CGUGUACAGGGGAGCAAACGCACACACCCAUACACCGCUCCAGCGACCAUUCAUACAAGCAGCGCAGCAGUCGAAAACAUUCCACCCAAUUCCUCCAGCGGACGCUAUAGCUUGCCCUUUGCACAUCGUGUGUGAGUGUGCGCGCGCGCGCGUGUUUGUGUAGUAUCAUCAUCGCGCGCUCCACGUACACACACCGCGCGGCGUGUGGUGUGAUCCGGGUUCUGCCGGAGAGUGUGCGUAAGUUUUUCUGUGUUUUUUGCUUUCUUCUCCGCGUUCUCAAAGACCGAACCAGAGAUUGGAGGUUCUUAUGGUGGCCGGUGCCACCACAGUGCAGCAUCCAUCAGGUCGGCAAGCAUCCAACGGAAUUCGGUUGACCGGUGCAGGAAGCUGGAAGGGCCGCAAAUCGGACCAGUUUAGUUCAGUGACACACAAAAAGUCGUGCCUAUAGGCCGCGCCGCGCUUCGACGCGUAGUAGCAGUAGAAGAGGGAAAGAGGCAAACAACAAACACAGAGAACGAGGUAAAAGAAAAGGCAACGGAGCAACAGCAGCAGCAGCAGCAGCAAUCCAGAAGAAGAAAGGGCACGUCGCACAUUCUCGACUGCGGAGAAAAGCGUGCGUGUUUGUGGCUGUGUGUGUAUGUGUGGGUGUGUGCGGUCUGUCCCCCUUUCGUUAGUUGUAGGUCCGCUGUGUGUGACCUAGUGUAGCGGACGGAACAGAACGGAACGGUGUACCUUUCCGACGGGCCGACCAAACUGCCGACGAAACAAGUGUGUGUACGCGGGCGUGUGUGUGUGUGUGGUUGUGGCCAGAGACACGGAAAUAUAUGGCUGGAGUGUUGGUGGCGGCCGCGGCAAGGUGCACGGUGCACAACAGUCCACGACGGUCCGGUCAAGCAACCAGCGGCAGCAGCAGCUUCCCGACCUUCGCACCGUGCUGGUGAUACCGCGCUUACCUCAUCCGCAAGUCGGUGGGCAGGUGGGUGGGUAGGUGGGCAGGAAGAAGCAGUCACACACUCACGCGUCAGGUGCCUGCCCGCGCGCGCCAUCCACAUAACGUCAUCCGUCCAAUUGCGGUGCAACCGACGAACGACUCCAGCGUUGCUUCCUUGGGGAAGGGAAGAGAACUUUCCGGGAAAACAACGACUAGAACAAGUGUGUGAGAGAGAAAGCGAAAAAAAAAACGUUCACAAAAACGUGCAAUAGAGCAACGUGAAUUCCCCCCCCUCCCACCUAACCCCCUUUCCGCAAACCCUUCACGCGGUGCGAUGGCAGGGGACGACAUUACCUUCAUCUUCCAGUUCGGGAACCUGCGCGAUAUCACCACGGUCGAGUCGAGCGCCCUCACACUCAAAACGCUCAAGGAGCUGGCCUGCGAGUUCAUCAACAGUAAGAUCCCGGAGAAUGGGUUAAACCGGCUGCCCGAGCGGUUGCUGCUGUUCCGGCACGACUACGAAUCGCACAACGUGCUGCAGAUGGUAACGUCCGCCUCGGACAUCGUGGACGAAACGCUGGUCGAGAUCGUGCUCACUGCCAACCAAACGCUGCUACCGCCGGCCAACAGUGGACCGGCGCUGCACCGGAACAAUGUGCCGGUCGGCGGCCAGGAGGACAUACCGCUGGUGCGGCCCCACGCGCUCAACGUCCACUCCUACAAGGCGCCCACCUUCUGCGACUUUUGCGGCGAGAUGCUGUUCGGGCUGGUGCGCCAGGGGCUCAAGUGCGACGGCUGCGGGCUCAACUACCACAAGCGGUGCGCGAUCAAGGUGCCGAACAACUGCAGCCGGGUGGAGCACACGGGGAUGCUGCAGGCGCAAUCGUCGGCCAACCAGCAGCAGCAGCAAAGCAACGGCAGCGGCAGCCGUCGGUCCGGUUCGGCCGGCGGCGGGCUACUGUCCUCGAUGCUGCCCGCCCGCAGCCCGUCCGGCGGCUCCAGCAACUCUCUCGCGUCGGACGAAACGGCCGGCGCUGGAAAUAUGCUGUCCACCACCAUACGGCAGAGCCGGUCACCGUCGCUGACGAGCCGUGGCGCGGUGGGGGGCCACCCGAUCAAGAUCCCGCACAGCUUCUCGAUCCACACGUACACCCGGCCGACCGUCUGCCAGUACUGCAAGAAGCUGCUGCGCGGCCUGUUCAAGCAGGGCGUCCAGUGCCGGGACUGCCACUACAACGCGCACAAAAAGUGCAUCGAGAAGGUGCCGAAGGACUGCACCGGGGAGAACACGCAGCCGGUGGACGCGCACGACGACCGCAGCCAGUCGAGCGAUCGGGAGCUGCUGUACAAGGACGAUCCGGAGGACGAGAGUGACUUCGACGACGGGCAUCCGUUCGGGGCGGGCAGCUCCGGGCGGCGGUCGGGCGGCAGCACCGGGACGGCGGCCAGCGGUGGCGGCGGCGGCAGCUCAGCGACAGCGGCCAGGGAAGGCGCCGGUGGCAAGGAGUCGCCCCUCGGGCCCGGGGGCGACGGGGGCUCGCCGGGCAAGCUGAACGGGGGCGGCGCCGGUCCGCCAGCCCCGGCCUACCAUCUGCUGGACGAUUCGGACGACAACCGGCUGGAGGUGAUCUGCGAGCAGUCGCGCCAAUCGUCGAGCAAUUCGUCCUCGUCGCCGAGCGCCAACAUUCCGCUGAUGCGCAUCGUGCAGUCGGUGAAGCACACGAAGCGCCGGGACGGGCGGGCAAUGAAGGAGGGCUGGCUGGUGCACUUCACCAGCAAGGAGAAGACGAUCAAGCGCCACUACUGGCGGCUCGACUCGAAGGCCAUCACGCUGUUCGUGUCGGACCAGGGCAGCAAGUACUACAAGGAGAUACCGCUGAACGAGAUCGUGGCGGUGGAGGCGGCCCGCACGCUGCAGGGCGAGGUGCUGCACUGCUUCGAGAUACGGACGGCGGCCGUCGACUACUACGUCGGGCAGGACCCGCUGUACAAUAUGAAGCAUCACGCGGAUCCGGUGCUGGCGCUGCCGCCGCCCGACAGUGGCGUUGGGGCGUACCUCGCGAAAAGCUGGGAAACGGCCAUCCGGCAGGCACUGAUGCCGGUCCAGACCGGCACGGGCCGGACGGGGGAGGGCCAGGGAGCGGCGGGCGCUAGCGAGCAGCCGGAGGAGCGCGUCACGGACAUGAGCCAGCUGUACCAGAUCUUCCCGGACGAGGUGCUCGGGUCGGGCCAGUUCGGCAUCGUGUACGGCGGGGUGCACCGGAAGACGCACCGGGCGGUGGCGAUCAAGGUGAUUGACAAGCUGCGCUUUCCCACCAAGCAGGAGGCGCAGCUGAAGAACGAGGUGGCGAUACUGCAGAACCUGUCGCAUGCGGGCGUCGUCAAUCUGGAGCGGAUGUUCGAAACGCCCGAGCGCAUCUUCGUCGUGAUGGAGAAGCUGAAGGGCGACAUGCUGGAGAUGAUCCUGUCGCACCAGAACGGACGGCUGAACGAGCGCGUCACCAAGUUCCUGAUCACGCAGAUCCUCGUCGCCCUCAAGUACCUGCACAGCCGCAACAUUGUACACUGCGAUCUGAAGCCGGAGAACGUGCUGCUCUCGUCGGACAACGAGUUUCCGCAGGUGAAGCUGUGCGAUUUCGGUUUCGCGCGCAUCAUCGGCGAAAAGUCGUUCCGGCGGUCGGUUGUCGGUACGCCCGCUUACCUAGCGCCGGAAGUGCUGCGCAAUAAGGGCUACAAUCGGUCGCUCGAUAUGUGGAGCGUCGGCGUCAUCAUCUACGUCAGCCUGAGCGGCACCUUCCCGUUCAACGAGGACGAGGACAUUAACGAUCAGAUCCAGAAUGCCGCCUUCAUGUACCCGCCGAACCCGUGGAAGGAAAUUUCUUCCGAUGCAAUCGAUCUGAUCAACAACCUACUGCAGGUGAAGCAGCGCAAACGGUUCACGGUGGACAAGAGCCUGCUGCACUGCUGGCUGCAGGAUCUGCAGACGUGGAACGAUCUGCGGGCGCUCGAGUCGCAGGUCGGUCUGCGCUACCUGACGCACGAGUCGGACGACGCGCGGUGGGCGGUGACGGCGGGCAGCGGUGGCCCAUGACCCGCCGCCCCGGACGGACGCCGGCUGCCCUCGCUGCCCUUCAUCCAGGAGUCGUCGACGCCGCCGGUGGACGAGCAGCAGCAGCAGCAGCAGCAGCCGGCGCCGGCUGUCUCCUCGACAGCCGUCCCGAUUGCCCGGCACGCGUCCGACUACUGUGUGGGCGGGGGCGGUCCGGCCACCAAAGCGUACGGCCACCAGCCCCACCAGCCCUCCCUGCUGUUUACGGACUUCCGCGGCAAGGCGUAUCGGUGGAUGCGCGGCCGGUUCUGCCGGUUUGUGAAGGCCUAACCUGAUAUUUGCUGACUCUUUUUUUUUUUUUUUAACUGACAAACCCAUCUCGAACGCUUAAUCUCUCGACCCUGUCGGUAGGGUUUACGUUGUUGUUGUUGUUUUGUUUGUUUUUAUAUUAGAGUAUACUAUAUACUUAGACGCACGCACACACUUACAGCAAAACACGCACACACAAACACUCACACAUUCUCUCGAUAUUGUAGCAGUAGGGUUAAUAGUAACGAACGCGAAUGUGAAACUGAGGCAACUCGGGGCGGACUUUUGCUUAACAUUUAAAAUCUUUACCCAAUCUGCUCGCUCGGAACAAGAGGGGGUUUGGGUGUAUCGUUCUUAGUUGCGGAGCGGAGCGGAGUGGGCGGAAAUCCGUGCUGGCAAACGAACGGGCAAACUAGCAUCGCAAGACCCGUUCCGUUUCGUUCGCUUCGUUCGGCUCUUAAUGUACAGUUGACGAUUGCGCUCGCUUGGGAGGCCGUCCAGGGAGGCAAACCGAGCUAAUGCUUCCAUCGUACGCACUUGCCAGUGCCGUACACGUCUUAAAUUCACGCCUCCAAAUCCGGGCGGGCUCGAAGAUAAUGUUUAGCUGUUAGUGUUAGGGUUUUUUUUUGUUUUAAAUUAAAUUGAAUGCAUUCGCAAGCUGCUCGAUGGCUUCGAACAGUGUCGCCAGCGGGCCAUCAACUUGGUGGAAGAAAAAAAAAAAAUGGGACGCCUCCGUUUGGUUUUGUACGAUCCGUACCGUACUCACAUUACCACGUGAUGCGCCAAACGUCGGCUGCUUUAGUUGUACAAUACAUUCCUUGCUUUCGUUAUAUUUUGUUUGUGUUGUCAACGUGUCCCCAAAAGAGCUAGUUGCUUGGCCCCGUGCGCCCGUGCCCAAUAUCAUUCCCAUGUUUUUUUUUCUUUUCUUUGUGUAGCAAACCAACUAGCGGAAAAUAAAACGAACUAUGAAUAUCUUAUUCGCUGCCUCCAUCCUCCCUUCCACCAUCCCUUUGCUCGCCUAUGUGAUCGCAUUACGAUGAACAAACUUUUCAAGUGCCUAUACAGACGCGGUUGACGCAGGAAAAGGGGUUAGAAACCGCGGGGGAUCUCUAUUUGCUUGCAGCGAGGCGCAUUUAUCUGUGACGAAGAGCCAAAACCACGCAUCGACAUCCGUGCGGACACGCUGUUUACUUACACUUACAUGCACCUACACACAUACACACACACACACAUGCGGGAUUGUCCGAUCCAAGUGCAUCUGUAGAGGUGGAGUUUCAUUUUUUUGUUUGUCUUUCUGUUGGUUGGACGUCUUUUUUUUUUUUUUAAAGAUAAUCGUUUGUACAAUUAGUAAAUUGCUGCACAGGAUUGCACAAAUCAAAUCAAGGGCCAACUGAAGAAAAUACAAAAGAGAGAGAGAGAGCGAGAGAGAGAGAGAGAGAGACAGAGAGAAAGAAAGAGACAGAGAGAUGAACUGGAAAAUCGAGCAACGUACGUUACUAUCUACAUCCUGUUCAUAAGAUACCUUACCUCAUUAAACAAACAUACACACUCACAGACACUCAGAAAAAAAAACCCAAAAUGGUCGUCUUUUCUAUCGCUUUUUAAUGUACUUUAAGCUCUCGUAAAGAAAAAGACUAAGUAACUUAUAAAUAGUAACUACAAACUACAAAAAAAAAACACAAAACUUACGGUGAGACGCGGGUUUAAAGAAACGAAAGCAGAAAUCAAGAGGAAGAAUAAUCACAAGUAAAACAUAAGCAAGAAGAAGAAGAAGAAGAAGAAGAGGAAGAAGAAGAAGAAGAAGGAGAAGAAUCUCUUUUAAAUAAAACUACUACGAAGCCAAUAAAAUAGUGGAAAGUAGAGCAAAACACACAAACAACAAACAAAUACUCGUAUACACACACACACAAACACAAAACAAACAAAACAACCAAUGUUUCAAACAUAAUAUUGCUCACUACUUGUACACACACACACACAACUCUAACUAAGCGCACAAAUGGGGGAGGGGUUGGGCAGAAAAAAAACACAUUGCAACAAAAAAGAAAACAACAAAAAAAAACGAAAACAAUCAACAACAACAAACAACAAAGAAAACGUAACGAACGCAACCCGGAACUGGAUGCAUAUAGAUAUACAUACGUUUAUACACAUAUAUAUAUAUAAUACGAUACUAUACUAUA